UAUAUAAGAAGGAAACCAGAGAUCUGGUGCUAUUACGUCCCCGACUCUAAGGGAACGAAUAAGCACAAAAUUAAAAGCAUUCUUCAGCCUGAAUUUUUAAGGGGUGCACUUAAGAACGAGGCAAGCUGAUUUAUGAUAACUAAGUUUUAAACUCGAACAACCAGUAAGUUUUCAAAAGGUGUAAAAAUUAGAAGCUGCUGACAUUUCAAUCAACAUGAAAGCCAACUUCUCCCUUGCCACCAUCAGCAAAAACAUUACCAGCAAUCUUCACAUUGGACUUGUGAACAUUUCUAGCAAUGAGUCUACCUUUAAUUGCUCACAUAAGCCAUCAGAUAAGCAUUUGGAUGCAAUUCCUGUUCUUUAUCACAUUAUUUUUGCGGUUGGAUUUCUUGUCAAUACUAUUGUGGUUACACUGUUUUUUUGUCAAAAGGGUCCUAAGAAGGUUUCCAGCAUUUACAUCUUCAAUCUAGCUGUGGCUGACUUACUUCUUUUGGCUACUCUUCCUCUCUGGGCAACCUAUUAUUCUCAUAGAUAUGACUGGCUCUUUGGACCUGUGAUGUGCAAAGUUUUUGGUUCUUUCCUGACCCUGAACAUGUUUGCAAGCAUUUUUUUUAUCACCUGCAUGAGUGUUGAUAGGUACCAAUCUGUCAUCUACCCCUUUCUGUCUCAAAGAAGAAAUCCCUGGCAAGCAUCUUAUAUAGUUCCCCUUGUUUGGUGUAUGGCUUGUCUGUCCUCAUUGCCAACGUUUUAUUUCCGGGAUGUCAGAACCAUUGAAUAUUUAGGGGUGAAUGCUUGCAUAAUGGCUUUCCCACCUGAGAAGUAUGCCCAAUGGUCAGCUGGGAUUGCCUUAAUGAAAAAUAUCCUUGGUUUUAUUAUCCCUUUAAUAUUCAUAGCAACAUGCUAUUUUGGAAUCAGAAAACAUCUACUGAAGACCAAUAGCUAUGGGAAGAAUAGAAUAACUCGUGACCAAGUUCUGAAGAUGGCAGCUGCUGUUGUUCUGGCGUUCAUCAUUUGUUGGCUUCCCUUCCAUGUGCUGACCUUCCUGGAUGCUCUAGCCUGGAUGGGUGUCAUUAAUAGCUGUGAAGUUAUAGCAGUCAUUGACCUGGCACUUCCUUUUGCCAUUCUCCUGGGAUUCACCAACAGCUGCAUUAAUCCCUUUCUGUAUUGUUUUGUUGGAAACAGGUUCCAACAGAAGCUCCGCCGUGUGUUUAGGGUUCCAAUUACUUGGCUCCAAGGCAAGAGAGAGAAUGGGUCAUGUGGAAAAAGCAGUUCCCUUAGAGAAAUGGAGACCUUUGUGUCUUAAACGUGAGAGUGGAAUACAUGUUAUCAAUACAGCUACUUGGCUUAAAAGAUCUCCCUGAAUUAUCUUUUAAUGGCUUUAGUAAAAUAACAAGUUUUUCCCCUUAAUGUAAUCUUUUCUCAGACUUCUAGAACAGGAAACCAAAUGUAACUCUUAAGUUUUAUUCUCCAGUGACUUUCAAAAAUUGCCUCCUUUUUUUUCCUUCCUUGUCUAUCUGUACAAGAUGUCACUGGGGAGACGUAUUUAUAAUCUAGAAGUAACUGGGAAUUUAUCUCAAAUUAUAAUUAAUAAGAAAUUGUGAAUGAUAAUUUGGGGUUUCAGAUUUCUCUUUGAGAAAUUCUGGAGUCUUUGUUGAUUUUUAUAUCUAUUUUCAUCAAGCUUUUCUCUUGAACUAAGGCCAGUCUUUUAAUUCAUUGCAUUAUUUACAAGAUAGUAUUCUAAAAGGAAUGAGCACUUCUACUUUAUAUUAUGAAUAAUAAUCUUUUUAUAUUUCACUUUAGCAUAAAUUUAUAUUUAAGAUAUAGCUACAUAUUGAGUAGGGCUAAGAAUAUAGUAUAGAUCACAUGUACUCCUACAUUUAACUUGUAUUUAUAAUCAUAAAAAGUGAAAUGUGUAACAACAUAGAUCUGCAUUAAACAAAUAUCUGAGUGUUCACUAAAGUCUGAAUUAAACACUUUUUAAAUUUCUAUUAAUUUUAAUGGUUUGAAGGUUUCUAUGUCCUCUGAUAAUUUUUAAAAAAACAAUAACUAAAAACUAUUUAGUGUAUGAAAUGUAAAGGUCAUUUUUUACAUCCUUGACAUUUUGGAUACAGUGCUUUGAUAUAUAGGAAGUUGACCUGAGUUUUUUUAUUGAUGCUUUGGUUGUGGGUUGCUUCCCAAAAUAUUUGGGUGGCUGCUUUAACUCUUUAAUUUGUAAUAAACCCUUAACUAGCAUAGGAAAAUGUUAUUUCAGAAUGGAAUUUUGAUACUCAAGGAGGACAAAGAGAUCCAGCAAAUGACAAGUUUGGUGUCACACAACAAACCUACCUGUCAGGGCAAUGCAACAUGGCUUAGAAAAUAUAGACCAUGGGGUAUACUUAAAUUAUACCUAUGGAUACUGUUUGUUCCAGAAUUUAUAGGAUUCUUUGGAACUCUUCUAUACCAGUGACUGGUCCAUAGAUUUCUUAACACUAUUAGAACUCCUAAGUUUGAGAAAUACCUGAAACUGACUGAAUUUACUUUACUUAGAGCAUGAAUCCUAAUUUUAGAAGUUAGAGAUUUCAUUCUGCACCAGACCCAUAUUUUAACAGGUUAUCUAGGACCUUCCUAGAACAGUACUGACCUCUAAGAUAGAAGUAAAGUUUCAGGAGCUUGGCGUCUCCACCAGAUUUCAGGGCUAUAGAUCCAACAAUACUCUUGAUCUACUUUCUGGAAAAGUCCUUAUUUCAUGUCAUCUAUUAUUAUCAAUAAAAACAAAUAGCUAAAUGUAUAACCAACUAUG